AUUCAUUGAACUCGGGUGGGAAGAAGAAACCAAUCGAAGUUUGCCAUGAAGCGAUCGAAUGUGUGAAUUAACACAAGAAACAAGUGUAUAAAGUGCAGGAAAUGACAGAAAAGUGGCUACUAUUUAGUAACGAAAUCACGUACAGAUCGUUUUUCUUCGCCAUUCGCUGUUCUCUUUCACACGCACGCGGAGAAGUACAAGAGCCGAAAAAACCCUAUGUGUACAAAAUCGAAUAUUGAACUUGAAAUGGGGCACCCGUCCCGAAUGGCGAGGGGGCUCUAGGCGUAGAUUGCACGUUUCGACCGCAGCUUACCUGUGUUUGGUAGAUCCCAAUCUUCCGUAAGAGCUUUAACUUUUCUGGCUCUUCUUUGUUUACCCAUUGCUGCUGCGUUAGCCUCUCGCGGCUUCUUUCGUGUCUCUGUUUUAUUCUCUGUGCCUGGUUGGUUGGUGCGUCCGAUGUCCAGAUUCUUGGCCAACUUUGAUUCACUGCCAUGGACUUCUUGCGCGAUGAUAUUUGGUCAAACCCGCGGCGCGCGUGAGCGUGUGUGUGAGCCUGCCACUGACUGCUGCUCUGGACGCUCGGUGCACUGACUUCGGGUUUGAUUUUUAUCGAAAAGUAACCUGGAGAGGUAGUUAAUGAUGUUGCCCGUUACCUCUUUUCAUCGCUUGUUUAACAUUUGAUGGAAUCGAGUAUUGUUGCUGAUUGCUGUUUUUAUUGCAUUGGACAGUGAUUUCGCUGCUCUAUGCUUCAUUGACUUUCAUUAGAGUUAUUGGACUGGCUGCUUCCUACGUCGGCCGAAUUGGCUAGUUGUGUGAGUGUGUGGGGGUGGGAUAGUCCUUUUGUGCAACGAAAGUAAACACUCCCACAGUAGGCUUUGGCUGCCAAUGUACAACGUGGUUGUGUUCGAACUCCUUCCGCUUUUACUGGUGUGUGUUGGAAGUGAAUGAUUGCUGCAUGUAGGAAUUUGACAGUUCAGAUCCAAGUAGCCGCAGGAAAGUUUUUUGAUGAAUGAAACUCCACACUAGAAUUAAGACACAAUCUUCAGUGGGAAACAGUGGGCAAAGCGUGUGAAAGAUGAUAUGAAUCGUUGAACCAGUUUUCUUCGCCCGAGGAGAGUCUGGCUUCUGCGGACAGAGCAUACAUUUUGAGUGGAUGGAAGAACGAAAUGUUCUGGGAGAAAUUAUGUUGUUAUCGAUUUUCUUCUACCACCAGUAAACAAACUCGGAACGGAAUCGUGCUGUUUCAGUAGUGUGUGUAUGCAGGAAGAAGCUGAACGACCGUGCAAGCCGUGAAUAACGUGUUAAAACAUACAACACUAUUAGUGAGAUGUAAAAUAGUCGCAACACAAAAAAAAAUACCAUCACAUAUCGACGAGUGUGGAGAAGAAUAUCAAUUACAAAAAAUUACACCAGCAUUCUGCAAUAAAUCACAGAAAACUACGCACAAGAAGAGCGUACGAAGUCUGGCUAUCGACAUCUGUGUGCUGUUUCGCGCGUGUAUACCGUGCCCACCAGAGUAGGCGAUGCACUUCUUCCGAUAGCGCUGAUGCCAGAAGCCUACUGCAUGUGAAUAAAAUAUACAUACGAGCAACGUGCUAAAUGUCAACCGAGUAGGCCGUGACAACGAACAACAACGAAAGCCAGAGAAACCUGCAGAGCGCGGACGGACGACGUAAUUCGAAAAAGAUUGCUGAGGUAGAAACCGGUAGCGCACAUAUCAUGCAACAGCACAAUUAAGUCAUAUCAACUAGGUAGGUGGCAAUCCCCUUCGCCGUCGCAGUAUCUCGGAGUGGCAAGAUGAGCCACGCUCCGUGAAGGGGGAUUGAUUGCGCAUGAGACGACGACGCCGCCUACUUGGAUUGUGCGGAGCUGCGAUAAGCUAUCAAGAAGGGCUAGGGAAGAUUCUCUAGAGGUUAGAUUUUAGGAACUUGACGAAGAGGAGGAUCAGCACAAAACGCAGUCAAAAUGGGACUGAUAGGACGGCGGAGAUCAUCGUUCUUGAAGAUAAUCGCACUGUUGGCGGUGGUGUGGUUUAUGGUGGUGUUUGUGCUGUACUCAGAUGAUGGAAGUGGAGGAAGCAGCAGCAGAGGGGGUGGUCCUAGUGGAGCAGGAGGAGAGAGUGCGUUUGAGGCGCCUAGAAGGUUACCUUUGCAAGGUAUUAGAGAUAAGUUCAAUCAGUUUAUCAUCGAUGCACGAGAGGAUGCUAACAAGGAUGAGUUGAGUCAAGAUGGGGUGGAUUUGGAUGUGGAUAAUGAAAUUGGCGGAGGAGUGGAUGUGCCGUACAAGACGAUAGAGGAAAAGCGUAAGAUUCCACCUAAGAGUAGGAAACGAAACGAGAACAAGCAAGAGUACGAAGGAGUGAUUGCGCCACCGCAUGAAGACAGUCCAGACUCGCCGGGUGCCAUGGGUAAACCUGUCGUGCUGCCAAAGGACAUGUCUCCGGAGAUGAAGAAAGCCGUCGACGACGGGUGGUCCAAGAAUGCGUUCAACCAGUAUGCAGCUGAUCUGAUCUCAAUUCGGCGAAGUCUUCCGGAUCCACGGGAUGCCUGGUGUAAGGAACCGGGACGGUACAUGACCGAUCUUCCGGCCACAUCUGUGAUCAUUUGCUUCCACAACGAGGCCUGGUCGGUGUUGCUGCGAACCGUACACUCGGUACUUGACCGUUCGCCUGAGCAUCUAGUCAAAGAAGUCAUCCUGGUAGAUGACUUCUCCGAUAUGCCACACACCCAAAAACAACUAGAAGACUACUUUGAGGCGUACCCCAGGGUGAAGAUCAUCCGAGCGCCCAAGCGAGAAGGACUGAUUAGAGCACGGUUGCUGGGCGCGCGCUACGCCACCGCACCCGUACUGACCUACUUGGAUUCGCAUUGCGAGUGUACUACUGGAUGGUUGGAACCGUUGUUGGAUCGUAUUGCGCGGAACUCCACGACCGUGGUUUGUCCUGUUAUCGACGUCAUCGAUGACAACACGAUGGAGUACCACUACCGAGACUCGGGUGGUGUCAAUGUAGGCGGUUUCGACUGGAAUCUGCAGUUCAAUUGGCACGCUGUGCCAGAUCGGGAGAAGAAGAGGCACAAGAGCACAGCCGAACCCGUGUGGUCUCCAACGAUGGCCGGUGGACUGUUCUCGAUCGAUAAGGAAUUCUUCGAACGGCUCGGAACGUACGAUUCCGGGUUCGACAUCUGGGGUGGCGAGAAUCUGGAGCUUUCGUUCAAAACGUGGAUGUGCGGGGGUACGCUGGAAAUCGUACCGUGCUCGCACGUGGGUCACAUAUUCCGAAAACGUUCGCCCUAUAAGUGGCGAACGGGAGUCAACGUGAUCAAGCGUAACUCGGUCCGUUUGGCCGAGGUAUGGUUGGACGAGUACGCCAAGUAUUACUACCAGCGGAUCGGCAACGACAAGGGAGACUACGGAGACGUGACCGAGCGAAGGCAGCUGCGUGAUAACCUGGGCUGCAAACCCUUCCGGUGGUAUUUGGACAACAUCUUCCCGGAGCUGUUCAUCCCUGGCGAAGCGGUCGCUUCAGGAGAGGUAGCGAAUCCGUGGUCAGGUUUGUGUAUUGAUUCGGCCGCCAAGCCCGAGGACAUGCACACUCCGCUUGGCGUUUGGCCUUGCCAUCAGGCGGGCGGAAAUCAGGGAUGGUCACACACACUAGACAUUACUAGCACACAAUACUGGAUGCUGAGCAAAACGGGCGAAAUCCGCCGGGACGAGGCCUGCCUGGACUACGCCGGCCAGGACGUGAUACUGUACCCGUGCCACGGCUCCAAGGGCAAUCAGUACUGGAACUACUCGCCGGAUUCGCACCUGCUGCGGCAUGGAUCGUCGGACAAGUGCUUGGCCAUCAACGAGAGCAAGCAGAAACUCAUCAUGGCCGACUGCGAUUCGUCGGUGGAGGCGCAAAAGUGGCAGUUCCAGAACUACGAUCGCAGCAAGCUGUGAGUUCGCCCAUGGGUGAACGUCAUCGAUGGAUGAACAAUAGAAUUUGCCAAGGUGUAUAAAAAUGCGACGGGAAAGUGGAUAGAAACAAAAUGGCGCAAUAGGUAAUCGAUUUAUAUUGUUUUUAUUCCCCACGCGCAUGGCUGAGUCCAGAGUCCUAGUUAGUUGAAUGAUUUUAAUGUGAUUUUUGCGUUAAUUUAUUGUUAGAUACAGAGAAAUUGUAGAAGAAAACUCCUCGUUGAAGGUUUCCUCCGACUAAGAACCAAACAAUAACGAGGUGGAAUACUAUUAUGUUCGCUCCAUUCCAAGUAAAAAUAAGCAAACUGCCAUAUCUUCCCGACCAGCAACUUGAACCACAACCUUCCUGUUUUUUUUAGUUUACGUACCUAUCUUAAACGAAAGAUUUCAUAUUUUGCUCGCAUGCUUGCGUUUUCGCACAAAAUGACAAUCGCAAAUCUGUAAUUCCUGUAAAUUUCGUUCUUCCAUUGAUUUCUAUUUUUGUGCGCUCGUCGGCACAAACCAAUCAGAGAUCUACGCCUGCUACGAUUCUGUUCUUUAGUCAUGGCCUACUUCUAGGCUUGAAACUUGUAUCGGUAAUAAUUUUGACACAUAAAAACAGUUGUAAUAGUGGAUCGGUCAAAUUGGCCAGAAGUUGUAUUGAAAACACUUUACUACUGACUAUGCUGACAAAUAAAGUCCUUACUUGAAACUGAAAUUACUGAAGCUACGUGUCCAGAUUAUAGCAGUUACAGGCUUUAUUUUCCUUGCUUAUCCUUAUCACUUUUGUUUGGUCUUUUUCCCGGAAUGGAUAUCGAAAAAGUUGCUCAAAUCACGGUGGAACUAAGCAGAAACGGAAACCCUAUACAUUCCAAUCAAGUACCACACUACCCAACAUCACAUAAACAAAUAAGAAGAAGGAAAAAAACAACAAAGUAAGCCAAACUUGAUAGUCGAAAGAGAUAGAGACAGCACACUUUAAAACUGACAGCUGACAGCUGCCACACCGCCGGCCACGGCUGAACACCGUUCAAACAUAUCAAAGUACGACAUGCAGAAUGAAAUACGAACAUUUAGGAAGAAAGCGAGUUUGCCAUAGAUGAACUGAUUUUCUCCGAGCUUUCGUUGAAUUUUAACUUAUAUACUUAUCGAAAAAAAAACCGUAAGCAUACACACAUACACAACACAAACAAACUGACAUAUCCAAGCGGUGGGAGCGAGAGGAAACGAAAGAGAAUGCAAUUCUUCCCAUUGAUAAUUUUUAAAAAGUAACUCCAUCACAAGAGACUAUCGAACUGUUUACUUAUACAAUACUAAUUGUUUUAUUUCUACAGUUGUAAUUAAGGACCCUAGGAAUGUGAUUCGUUUUCUUUGUUCUAUUCCUGCAAUCAACCGAGAAAAAUAAAGAAAAUACGAGAUUGAAACAAACACAAGGAAAAAAACAGUAAAUUCCUUGAUCAAAAAUUGAAACAAGAAUGCGUUUUGAGAAGUUCGUGUGGUUCGAUCGUGGAUCGCCAGAUGUCUGGGCUGUGUAGGGUGUGAAAGAGAGAAAGAGAGAGUUGGAACGAAUGAGCGUAUUUCUACAUGUGCCUUGUAAAUUAUUAUUAUUAUUAAUAUUAUAUCAUAUCCGUAAACAGUUGUAGAACGAAACACAGACGUAAGAAGUCUAUCAAUUAAAAAAAACAUAACUGACCUACAAGCAAGCAUGUUGUUUCUCCAAAACGGAAGCUAAAAACAAGAAAGUGGAAGUAAAACAAGUUGAUCUUACAUUGUAGUUAUACAAAGACAAACAAGUAAAACAAUUAUCAAAAAAACUUCUCCUAUUAUAUCUUGCAAAAAAAAAAUGCGAUAGGUACAAGAUACUUGUGUAAAUACAUAUCCUCGGUUUAAUUUUAAGUCAAAAGAAGAAAAAAAAGAUAAAGUGUAAACAAAUUAAUUCUACGGAAAACUCUUCGCUGCAAUAACAAACAUUGAUACAAGAAAAAAGAAAGAGAAAGUACACCCUAUGGAAACAAAACAAUUUAGCGCGUAAUGAUGCAAUUAUAGAAUAAAGAAAACACAUUACGAUGAA